AAAUUUUUAUCAAAAUAUGGAUCUAGUUUACAAUGUAAUCCUAAAGAUUACCAUAUAAUUCAAUUAGAAUCUCAGCAAGAAUUAAUAUUAAAAUUUGCAGAAUUAUAUCAGAGUUAUUCACCAGACAUUGAAUUUGGAUUUAAUACAGGAGGAUAUGAUUGGAAUUUUAUAUUACGAAAGUCGAUGGUACUUGAUAUUUAUGAUCAGUUUGUUUCGAUAAUAACAAACACCAAGUCUAACACCGAUCUAAAAAUCCAAGAAACAAAGAUACGAGUUGUCGAUUUGGAUAUUGAAAAAGUAAAUCUGAAAUAUGAGUUCGCAGGGAUAAACUUAAAUAAUCGAAAGAUAAAGGUUAAUCCUAUGGAAACGAUGAAAUGCGAAUUCUUAAAAAUCCCAAGGACAAUUUUUAUUGAUUUGCUAAUUUGGUCAAAAAAAACAUUCCAAACCGAAAUUAAAAAUACGCUUGAUGUAGUAUUGAAACGUUGUGGUCUAUCUGGCAAGAUCGAUUUACCGUAUUUACCAGAAAAAGGUUCAACCGAUUUACGAUGCAUGUUUGUUUAUGCGAAUGCGAUAAUUUUUCAUCAUAACAAACAAAUUUUAACUCAAUUUGCGGUACAACUUUCCAAAAAAACCAAAAUCCAGCUUGAACAAUGUGAAUUUGCCUUUUUAGUAUCUGAUGAUGAAUUGGAAGAUUACGCGAUUGAAUUAGCAUAUUAUUGUUCGGUCGAUACCAUGAGAUUACAUGAGCUUAAUAUCAAAAGAAACAUUAUCAUCGAACAAGGGAAAUAUGAAGGAGCUUUAGUCCUAGUUCCAAACAAAUCUUUUACUACACCUGUAGCGGAUCUUGAUUUUGCGUCAUAUUAUCCUAACACAAUAAUCUUAAACAACAUAUCAACUGAUACCCGAUUAAACAACUUUACUACUGACUCAAAUAUCAUAAUUGAUAAUGAAAAAACCUAUGGUAUUUUCAAAAAACAUCAUGGUGUGCGAGAUAAAAUGGGAAUUAUGCCUUUGAUGUGUCAUGAUCUUUUAGAAGCUCAUAAUGAAACGAAACGGUUGAUGAAGAUUCAUAAGAAUGAUAAAUCCAAAUAUCUUUAUUAUUCGUCAAAAUCUAACGCAUUAAAAAUAUUAGCAAACUCAGUGUAUAGAGAAACGGGUUAUAAAUAUUCUCCAUUAUAUCGUGAGGAAAUAGC